AUGUCUCCCCAAGAAAACAAACAGACCCGAGACCGCGACCCUCCUGAUCUCUUCGCAUCACCGAGUCCCCGAGUCAUCUUGCCCCAAAUGUCUUAUAUCCAGGGCAACGCGUUCGCGCAGAUGAAGGCGAAGGAGAGAGAGAGGCAGAGGCAGUUGGGUGAGAGUGGCAGUCCUAGUCAGGAACAAACCCCCCGACCAAGCACUAGCAGCGGCCGACGAUCCAACGGCCUGGACUACUACCAGGAACUCGCCCUCCCAAUGCCCAAGCCGCGCCAUCUACCGCCAACAGAGGCCGAGCUGGCGGAGGUAGAAUCCCAGAGACGGUCAACGUCCACGCACCGAUCGAGACUGACGAAGAAGCGCUCGGGGGAUCUGGCAGCGGACAGCCCGACCGACUCGGGAAAGAAGUCUAAGGUCGCUUCGCUGCGGUCUAAGUUCAGCUUGAAGGACCUGGCCAGGGAGUUUCGUCGGGAGAACUCGUCCCCUCCGCCGGCAGUGCCUUCGUUGCGGAAGUCUAGUAGCAGCGGUAUCAUCCUGGCGGAAGGGAGUCUGGGGACACCACGGUCGGCGCAGUCGCCUCCCUCUUUCGACAAGGAGGGACUGUACGUGCCCAAGGCACGCGGCCUGGAUACAAAACAGCCAUCGUCGGCGCCGCCGGGGAAGUCGAGCUUCCAGGAGUCGCUGGGCACGGAUAGGGCUUCGCAAAGCAGCAUGUACUCGUCUCCCCCAACCAUAGCGAAAGGCGACAAGAAGAACGAGAAGUUCCGGCAUGCCUUCAUCCACGAAGAGCACGGUGAUAGCCUCACGAUGAGGCAGACACAGACUGGUACAAUGCUAGAGACGUUGCUGCUCGAUGGAUCUUCUCCUCCGGCCCAUACGGGCGAACUGCGAAACGCCGGCCAUCCGGAGGUCAUGUCGGGGCAAAGGAUUUGCAGCAUGAAAGCAGAACAAGGACCGACCACCCCGGUCAAAGCAACGGGGGCCACCAUGCCCGCUGCAGAGAUCGUCCGUGAGUACUCGCCAUCCAUCUACGAUGACGAGACGCUAGAGGCCACGAGCGCACCAAAAGCCGUCACCGUGGAGCAGAACAAGCCAGCGACAGACAACAGACAGCAGCGGCAGCAGCACCCCAUGAUCGUUUCCUCCGAUCAAAACCGGAAGAAGAAGGCCCCGCGAGCGGCACCGAGCCGGUCUGCCUUCGUGCCGUCGGGGCCCAGGCAGUAUGGAUCAGGGCAACAGCACGCACCCUUUGCUCAUCAGCUCGAUCCACAUCAGCUCAAUUCGCAAAUGUCUGUGGAUGAGGCGAGGUUCUUUACCGGCAUAACCAGCCACGGAGGCUUCGCGCCUCCUCCCCCUCAUCCCGGCUACCAGAACACGACGACCGUGGAGCAGCAUGUCACGUCCCAUGCCAACUCGAUUCACCACCAUCUGGACACUGCGCUGGGAAAGCUGACCCGCAACACAGAGAGCAACAUCAACUGGUCCACGGACCAGUUGAUCCGGCAGGUGGAAUCGGUGACCGAUAUGGCUCGGACGCUGAACACGCGCACCGUCAACCAGGCCGACACGAUCAGGGAGAUACAGCAGUCGAUCGAGUAUCUGCGGAUGCAGGUUAGUGAGCUACAGCACCAGUCGUUUCGGAUGGAGAACAAACUCGUAGAAUGCAUCCACACAGAGAUAGCGCAGGUGAGGGCCGACAUCAGAAAUCUGCCUGUCACUGCCACCACUAGCAAAGCCCCCCACAACACCGCCGUCGGAUGGAGCUCCUCGCAUGGCGAGUCGCAGGGGGGAGGACAAUACCUGGCAAAGGGAACCAAGGAAUAUGAGAAGCGGCAGAACAGUAAGAAGAAGGCUCGUGCGGCUAUGGUCCCAAAGAGCGAAGAGAUGGUGAAAAGACCGGAAGAAAAUAAAAGAGCCACAAAACAUAACAAGCAAAGUGAAUUUGUUGUGACAACUAGUGCUGGCAAUGUGAUCGAGGCAGGCAAACGCGCCGAGAAGCAAGAACAGACGUGUGCAGCUGGUGACCGUGGUGACCUGAGUGAACGUGAUGACAAUAACAACCUUCACUCUCACCCUUCUGUCCCUCCUCCCACCAUCUUCCACACUCCUCCCCUCCACAAAACCGAAGAAUCCAGUUCUGCGAUUGAUCGUGAGAUCAGACGAGCCAUCAAGGAUCCCCGGCAGGAGUCUUCUGGCAGUCCUACACAAAAGGGAUCCAGGCCAGGCAGCUCUACCCACAAUCCACUACUCUCACCUGAAGACAUAACUGACGCCAACAAGAUGGUGUUUGGAUUCGGUCGGUCCGACAAGGACAAGAAGGCUAAGAAAACCGACAAGAAGUCCACCAACAAGGGCAGCAAGUCUUCUCUGAAGGAACCGGGGCUCGAGCCAAAGGAGGCCCAGCAUCUUCCGGAAGAGACCGUGUCGAAGGCCCAGGACGUCACUCUUGAGACUGAAGGCGAGCAUUCCAAGGCUGAAGGCGAGCAGCCCAAAAUUGAAGGCGAGCAGCCCAAGUGUGAAGGCGAGCAGCCCAAGAUUGAAGGCGAGCUCAGCACCGAACAGGCCAACUCUGACGCGAAGUCCGAGAACAACGAGGCCAAGACUGAGACCAAGAGUCUGAAGGCUGACAUCAAGGACGUCAAGUCCACCCCUAACAAGAAACACAAAAAGGGUAUGUUCAGCAGCUUCAAGCGCAACCGCGAUGGCAACAACCAAUCCUCGUCCAGCGGUUUCCUCAGAACUCCUCAGCGCCACAAGGAGAACAAGGCCACUGACAUCAGCGCACCCAUCGAGCCAGUGAUCUCUCAGCCUAUCCCUAUUCCUCACUAUGACCUCCACUCCACCGAGGGAGAUCCCGCCUUCGUGCAUCCUGCACUGCGCACCCCACGCCAGAAGGCCAUCAUGGCUGAACGCGAACGUCUCGGAGGCCUCGCUCGUCAGCAGUCCACUGAACAGAUCCAGCAGCAGCCAUCUGGCCAGACCCCAUCUCUGGAUCAGCACUUGCCCUUCGGCCCUAACCCACUAUUUCCUCACCAUAUCCCUGGCACCCCAUACAGAGGCCCUCCCCAUGUCGGUCACCCUCCCGUGACGUUCCGUCCGAGCUUGCCCGGCCGCCAGCAGCAGCCUGCACCAUUCACCCACCCUCACCCCCAUCCGCCUUCAUUCGGCCAGGCCCCCCAGGCAAUCGUGUCUCACUAUUACGGACCACAUGGCGCCAACAAUAGCUUGGCUACCAGUUCUCUGACCGGUGCUCCGAACGUCAUGAUGCCGCCUCGCUACCAGCCCGGCAUGCCGUUCACCAGUGAGGGCAUCGAUAUGCGUCGCUGGUACCAGGAGACUCGCGGCCACGCGUCCCCGGAGACCGGAGAGGGCCAGGGCAAUGCGUCUGCCAAGGGCAACAAUUAA